CUGCGGAGGCGGCGGCGGCGGCGGCGGGUUGGGGGUCUCCAUGGCGUCCUCGUCCCGGAGGCUGCAGACCAAGCCGGUCAUCACCUGCCUCAAGACCGUCCUGCUCACUUACACCUUCAUCUUCUGGUUUACAGGUGUCAUCCUUCUUGCAGUUGGCAUCUGGGGGAAGGUGAGCCUCGAGGUCUAUUUCUCCCUGUUAAAUGAGAAAGCCACCAAUGUCCCGUUCGUCCUCAUCGGCACAGGCACGGUUAUUAUCCUCUUGGGGACCUUCGGCUGUUUUGCCACCUGCCGUGGAAGCACAUGGAUGCUGAAACUGUAUGCCAUGUUCCUGACCCUCAUUUUCUUAGUUGAGCUGGUGGCUGCUGUAGUAGGAUUUGUUUUCAGACAUGAGAUCAAGAGUAGCUUUUAUGCCAACUACAUGGACACCUUAAAAGGAUACAAUGGGACAGUGGAUCACAGAAGUGAGGCAGUGAACACCAUCCAGAGAACUUUGCAGUGCUGUGGUGUCAAUAAUUUUACGGACUGGAACAACACUGCCUAUUUCAAAGAGAAAGGAAUUCCUCAGAGCUGUUGCACGGACCCGGAGAAAUGCAGUGAGAGUGAUCUGAAGGAUAUAAGUAAAAUCCCAAACAAAGUGUAUCAUGAGGGCUGCCUUUCAAAGGUAACGACUGUCAUUGAGUCCAAAAUGGGCAUUGUGGCAGGGAUUUCCUUUGGGGUCGCUUGUUUCCAGCUGAUCGGGAUCUUCCUUGCCUGUUGCCUUUCCCGCUCCAUCACAAAUAACCAAUAUGAAAUGGUGUAGCCAAGUUGGCAUGCAGGAUGGCCUCCUUAGGACCAAGGACACUCUUUCAUGUCUUUCCCUUCCAAAGAAAGCACUUCACGGCCUUCUUCUAUCCCCAACCUCCUGAAAUCACGUUUGAACACCGAUUCCCCCAAGAUCGACUCAAGCAAUUCCGAGGCCAGCGUCGGCUCCAUCUAGCCCAAAGUGCCGAUAGGCCGGAGAGCAUUCCGAGCUAAGAGCGUCAACCCGGCGGGAUGGUUGGCGCGAGCGAUGUCCUAAAAGCUGCACCAUUUCAGUGCCUUACCCCUUCCUGAUUAGAGAGGUGCUCAGAGGGAGACUCUUCCUCCAGGUCCUGAAAUGCUACCUCGAGGUAAUUGGCUGUGAUUCAGAUCUUAGCUUUACUCUUCGGCCAUCUGGUAAAGUGGCUUCCGCCUCUGCCUCCCCCCCACCCCCAUUAACUGACACUUUUCAUCUCGAUCGACUGGAAAACGCGUGACUGGCCUCAAUAAGGUUCCAGGCUCACGUGCCCAUUUGACCUUUCUGCUGGACCAACAGGCAGCAGGAUCUCAUUGUGAAAUUCAGUCCCCGCCCACGACCCACCCCGAGCAUCCAUCAAUGAGCCACCAGCUCCUGGCAACCAUCUCUGGCCUGGCUUGCCCUCCACUAGGCAGCUCUUCUUGGCUAAACAGGGUUCUGCCACCCUUCCCCCUUCGUCACUUCUUGAAUCAAGGAUUUCAUAUUCUUUUUGUUCUAUGGUUGUGGAGGGAUCAUUUUUCCAUUUAUUAUUAUUAUUUCUUUUUGAAGACUAAUUCACUCUUAAUCAUGCUGUAGCAAUUUUCUUUUCUACUACCCCUCCCCCCCUUCCCUCUUGAGUUGUAGCAGGGCCUUGUGAUAUAGCUGAGAGUCCCUUUAGCCUUAAGUGGUAUUCAUCCACCGGUUGGCGUGACUUAAUUGUCAGUAUUAUGUGCUGCUUUUUUUGUUUUUUAGGUUUUUUUUUUCUUUUGGUCAUUAAAUUAGAAUUCCAAUUGUCCAAUCACAAUAAAUGGUUUACUAUUUUCCUCUAAGAAAA